GAGUGGACGUCAGCACUCGCUCUAGCGUAUGCCGCCACGAUCUUGACGCGCGUAAAUUUUAUUUUGCUUAAAAUGGAUGUACGAAUGCCGUACGUGGCAGUAAUUAACCGCUAAUGUACAUCGAACUUUUGGCUUUGAACACGCGUAUCGUUUAUGAUGGACUUAUGCAGUUUAUUUUCGUUUCAUGAUUGGCGUUUGUGUAUGAGUGUUAUUGGUUUAUAAGAAAAUUUAUAUCCGCUUCCCGUUAAUUAACCCUAUCGGUCCAAUACUGUGACUUAGUAGUAACUACUGAUAUCAAUAUCAUAUCUUUAAAAUUAAAUAUUUUGUAUAGAUUUUUUUCCUUGGUGCAAGGAUAAAAAGUUUCGGGAUAUAAAACGUUUGGUAGUUUAGUGUGGAAUGAGUGUAAACUAGUACUAAACAUAUCUAAGCUAAACUGACAUAGUGUAGUGUUGUUUAUAACUACGGAGUUUAAUUAUUAUCGAUUUUAAAAAGUUAAGAUUUAACAUCAUGUCGGCUCCAACGAUAGAUAGCACCGAAGCGAUCACGAAUUCUGGAUAUGGGAGCAGCGAUGAAACGGCCAGUCUUCUGGUCGCCGGACCCGCCGUUACCGUCAUAGUUCCGUCAGAAAACAGAACAGUUAAACCAGUUCUACAAAGACAAGACUGCACAACGCAUUUAAGACCUCAACUGUCAGGAGGGCCGGGCAGCGAAGAGAGUGGUACGUCCAUACGAAUGGAAGAAGGUACAGCGAGAAGCGUCCCAGACAUAGAAUUGCAAUGCCGCGAUACUGUUCCGCACGCAGACAGACCCCAGACUUUAGUAUCGCCAAUGGCCGGCUGCUCCCACAGAGGUUCAGUGACCGCCUGCACAUUAGUUCCACACUCGCAUUCUAGAUGUCGCGUUUGUGAACGAAGACAAUCAACGGCGCCGGUUUCAGCGUUACAACUAGCGCGAUCUGUGUCCCGAGAGAGUGUACGAUCCGCACUACACUACCCGUGUGGCUGUAGUUCGCUCCACGCGGUCAGUACGUGCCCUGUUAUACAGCCCCCGGCGCUGUUGCUACCAACAACUAGUGCGAGAAUCAUCCGACAGAGUUCGCAGCCGGAGUCUAGCGCAUGCGCGGCACACUGUCCUCACCACAGCCACCACCACCCUAGCGCCUCGUUGCGACAACUAAGGGAACCAGGCGACGGAAUUGCCGGCAUCGCCGCUGACUCUCUACGGAUCAACGGAGGAAUGCGACCAUUCAAACAGCUGCGAAAGCCGGUGUCGACACUCUCGAUCCCGGGUGCGAUGAAGGCUUACUCCGGCGGGGGGCGGGACGCGAGCGGGGAGGAGGCAGGCGUAGCUCUAGUUGGCGUUCACAGCGAGUAUCCACGCUUCGGAGAAGAACGGGCUCUGGGCGGCGGCACGUACAAAGGCGGAGGGACAGCCAAGCACAAACCCAACAUAGGAUAUAGGUUAGGUAGGAGAAAGGCGUUAUUUGAAAAAAGAAAACGGAUAAGUGACUACGCUUUAGUAAUGGGGAUGUUUGGAAUUAUAAUUAUGGUAAUAGAAAAUGAACUCUCAAGUGCCGGUGUUUAUACUAAGGCAUCAAUAUAUUCACAGGCGUUAAAGACGCUAAUAUCAAUGUCGACUGUGAUUUUACUUGGCCUAAUCGUCGCGUAUCAUGCUUUAGAAGUACAAUUAUUUAUGAUAGACAACUGCGCCGACGACUGGCGGAUAGCAAUGACGUGGCAAAGGAUAGCGCAAAUCGGCCUCGAACUGGCGAUAUGCGCCGUUCACCCCAUCCCUGGACAAUAUACUUUUACGUGGACGACAAAGUUGGCCAACAAGGGUGGAGUGAUAGGCGUUGAAGUUGUUCCUUAUGACGUCACGUUGUCACUGCCGAUGUUCUUUAGGCUGUAUCUUAUAUGCAGGGUCAUGUUACUUCACAGUAAAUUGUUCACGGACGCUUCAUCCAGAAGUAUAGGAGCUUUAAACAGAAUUAAUUUUAAUACUAGAUUCGUCUUGAAGACAUUAAUGACAAUUUGCCCUGGUACUGUAUUAUUAGUAUUUAUGGUGUCACUUUGGAUAAUCGCAAGCUGGACAUUACGACAAUGCGAAAGGUUUCACGACGAGGAACACGCUAAUCUACUGAAUGCGAUGUGGCUAAUAGCUAUAACGUUUCUCUCCGUUGGUUUUGGUGACAUAGUGCCAAACACAUAUUGUGGCAGAGGUAUUGCUGUUAGCACCGGUAUUAUGGGGGCGGGAUGUACUGCAUUAUUAGUGACGGUUGCUUCAAGGAAAUUAGAGUUAACUAGAGCGGAGAAGCACGUUCAUAACUUCAUGAUGGAGACACAGCUCACUAAAAAGCUGAAAAACGCAGCGGCUAACGUGCUUCGAGAAACGUGGUUAAUAUACAAACACACGCGACUAGUAAAAAGAGUUCAUCCAGGAAGAGUGAGGACGCAUCAGAGGAAGUUUUUGCUAGCUAUUUAUGCAUUACGAAAAGUGAAGAUGGAUCAACGAAAACUAAUGGACAAUGCCAACACAAUAACUGACAUGGCAAAGACACAGAACACGGUCUAUGAGAUUGUCUCAGAUAUGAGCACGAGACAGGACACUAUAGAAGAGAGGCUGACUAGUUUAGAAGAAAAACUAACAACGUUACAGGAACAAGUAAAUAGUUUACCAGAUGUUAUGGCAAGGUGUUUACAACAAUGCUGGGAGAGAGCUGAACAAAGAAGGAAUUUUCUUCAUCCAGACACCGCCGCUGUGCCUACGCCGCCAUCGUCUACUAUUACGCCUUAUGCAAGAGCAAUGCCGUCAGCGUCACAUCCGUGGCCCCCGAGUCCGGUGCUGCAACCGUCAGCACGAACCCACUCGGCUCCAGAGAGCACGACAGCUCACUCUCCAACACCAGUCCAGCUGCAGCCUUCAAGCCCUGCUCCUCAAGUGACGCGGCCGCCCUUGCCCAGCUGAGUACCGCCUUCCAACUCCGAACUACUGUGCUGAACUCGACGAAACUCGGCGCCCGUCCUCUGACCCCCCCUUUAUCAUGACUACGCCCCAUUAAGGUUAUCGGGAGAAUCAUUUUACUUUAUUUAUCAGGAAAUAAGUAAGAUUAGUGCUGAUUUCGCGGACAACAAAUAUUGAUUUUAUGAAAACUAUAAUGGGAUCAAUAUAUUUAAAAAAAAAAAGUGUUGAGUUUUAUAGAGUGUGAACUUUCAAUUAUGAUAUAUUUGCAAGUAUGCAAAGCCCAAAAAAAACAACAGGGUUUAUUAACUGCAAAGAGAACAUCUAGUCUAUAAGUACUUCACGAAGUCUUUAAACUCAACCAGUUCUGUUAAUAACAAUUAAUUUACGGGCAAAUGCUUUUAUACUUAAGGUACUAUGAUUUUUCCGGUAAUCUAACGGACCACGUCGCGGUGCGAGACAAGGCCAGCCGUAGUUUUCUUCGCCGUUCCCCAAAGUUUCGGAAGUGCCAGACUGUUCUUUAGUGAUAUUAUUUAGAUAAUGGAAUAAAAGUGGAAUGGACCCGCUGUUGUGAUUAUACAAGAUGCUUUAUUAAUAAACGCUUUAGCUAAUACGUUAGAGAGUAUUUUGAGUACAUUAUCAAAAUUAGUUUAGGUACAUAGCUGUUAUAUAAUACGUUCUUUACUUUUACUAUUGUUCGGGGAACCAUAUAACACGGUUUUGUAGUCUGGUGUGUUUAUACAAGUUUUGUGAAAUGAAAAAACGAUUUAUUGCACUGCAAAGCCUUAUGCGUAAAUUCUACAUAUUAAAAAAAAUCUAUUCGCGGGAAAAAUUUUCGAGGAUUUGAGAUAAGAAAUAAAAAUAGUACUCACAUAGUUUCGCAUUUAUAUAGCUGUAUAGUAAUAAAUAUUCAGACUGCAUUAUACAUAGAUAUACACUUUUAAAUAAUAGUGUUCACUAAUAUAUUAUAUAUUGGUUCCUUGUCUAAGUACGUACAUGUGUUUACAUUUAAGUGGAAUAUGUGUAUGUGUAUCAGUUCCCAGUUUUAGUAUAUGAAAAUAAACUGUACUCCAUCGAAAUAAGAUAGUAUGUACUUUGAUCUAAGACAUUGAAUUAUUAUUGAAAUGAUUCAAAGUGAUUUUAGGUUCCACAUUUUUACAGGCUAUAUUACGAACCAUGUAUACAAAGUUUAUUUAGAAUUUAGAUUAAAUUGAAUUGUUACUACCUGCCUAUUGACACGUAGAUUGUAAAAGAUUUUUUUCUAAGUAUAGUAUUAAGUGAAGCUUCGUAUAAGACAUUAAGAUUGAUGGCUGUCUAAAUAGUGCCUAAAACACUACGAAAUUUCUGAAAUUCAGUUUUACUACCUUAAAAAUAACUUAUGAAUAUGUAAAUAGAUAUAUUAUAGUAAAAAAAUUUGAAAAUGUUAUAUUAAAUGAAUAUUAUCUAAAUUAGCUGUACGAUUGUAAUUGUAAUGGGAACAAAUUGUUUCUUAUUUUUUUUUUUUUUUAUGUGUUUGGCUUCGUCAAAAUAAGUCGCUUUACAUUCAAAGUCACGUGAAUUAUUAAUAAUAAAUACGGUGACAUGAAAAUGAGUUAAUAUAAAUUUAUAAUUACAUUAUUAAUUGAUCGUUUCAGGCUGUCAGGACUAUCUACAUAACCAGUAUUAUUUUAUUAAUUUAGGGAAACUAACAGUCACCUAAUAACAUUAGAAAUAUAUAUAGAAAGACAAUGCGAAUACCAGUAAAGUUUCCAUACAGAUAAAAACAAUAAUCUUGCAAAAUAAAUGAAAGAAAAAAUAGGAGCUCAGUAUCUAAUUAGAUGGUUUCGAUAAGUAGUGAAUUACACUUAUUAUUCAGAAACUUACCUAAUACCCACCGUCAUAAUAAUAAUAUAGACGUAUCACAACACUCUUCCUGAUAUAAUUACCUGACCGUUCAAAAAUAUCACAUGUAGUAAAUAAAGGGUUUUUCAUUAAGAGCGCUCAAACUUUUAAAAAAAACCUGUUCAAGUGAUAUUGCCAAAAUUUUUAUUUUAUUUUAAAAGAUAUUCGAUGACAUUGUGUAUAGAAUUUAAAGGCCAAAUGGCCGCCGCGACUACGCUGUAGGUGGUGUAUCCUGGUGGACCAAUUUUGUAUGACAUUUUCGCUUAAAUGGGGCUUAUUUUUUAUUUUUUAUUUGCUUUGAUGGAUAGACGAGCUCACAGCCCACCUGAUGUUAAUUGGUUACUGGAUCCCAUAGACAUCUACAACGUAAAUGUGCCACCCACCUCGAGAUAUAAGUUCUAAGGUUUCAGUAUAGUUACAACGGUUACCCCACCCUUCGAACCGAAACGUAUUACUGCUUCACGGCGGAAACAGGCAGGAUGGUGGUACCUACCCGUGCGAACUCCCAAGAGGUCCUACUACCAGUGAUAACGCAAAUUAUAAUUUUGCGGGUUUGAUUUUUAUUACACGAUGUUAUUCCUUCACCGUGGAAGUAAAUCGUGAAUAUUUGUUGAGUACCUAUUUCAUUAGAAAAAUUGGUACCAGCCUGCGGGAUUCGAACACCGGUGCAUCGCUGCAUACGAAUGCACCGGACGUUUUAUCCUUUAGGCCACGACGACUUAAAAUUUUCACGAACACAUUUUCACGAAGAACGCGAGCUAUGGUUGAGAUUUCACGUAGCCUCACAGAAAGUAGUCGAGCAGUAUUAAGUCACAUUUGAUGAUGUCCCCACCACGCCAGAUGACGAAGCCAUCGAAUUUCUCUUCCAAUAAAUUUAAUGUUUACCGUGCUGUAUGGCAAGUGGCGCCGUCCUGUCGGAGCUACAUGUUUGUGAGAUACAUACCAUCUAUCCUAAGUAACAAUUUUUUUUUAUCAUUAUCCGAUAUCGGACGCCUUUGAUAUUGAACGCGGCUGCUGACGCAUCUUCGAAGAUAUACUUCGAUGAUACCGCCGGACAAGCGUGUAGCGUUCCAUGCUGAAAUGUUAUGAUAUAUAUUGUGUCAUCGCUUUACCAAAAUGGCCGCUAUGAGCUAUCAAAGUUGAGCGUUCCUAUUGAAAAACCCUAUAUACAAUUAUGUAUGGGGCUGGAUAUGAUGAAUAAUAUAUUAUUAUCUAAUUACGAACAGGACAUUUCAACCUUAUUACAUUCAACAUUCAAUAUAAAGCCGUCGAAUACUUCUUGCAAGAACUCAGUUCGAUAUCCGUGUUAAGUCAUUUGUAUUUCAAAAUUAAAUGUUAUAAUUUUUUACUUUCCAUUGUUUCGACUUGAUCAGUAUUAUACUGUUUCAAAAUAUUAAAACCCAAUAGUAAGAACAUGUCUUACUAUUUAUGUAAAACGAGCAUUGUACUCUUAUAUGAAUUUGUAAGCUCUCUAAAAGCUCUCAAAGUAAACCUAGCUUUUGACCUCUUAAAUAGAACUAGCAUCGCUUAGGCCACAUUUUUAACGCAAAUUCCCUCGUAACUGACUUAUACGUGAGUAUGGAAUGCAGAUUUGAAGCGAUAAUAAGAUUAGAUAGAUAAAUAUAUCCAGCGAUAAAAGUACAUCAAAUCUAUCAAAUUAUACUGUAACCAACAAUAAUAAUUAUUAAUUUAUUUACAUUCGUAAUUAAAUUAAGCCAAAGAUUCCUUCUUUUCAUACUUUAUUUAAAAGCACUACCCAUCAUCGGCAAACGGGCGAAAUCUGAGAAAUUAUUUCGUUUUUUUUUAAAUUCAGUGAAUUAAUUUAAAUUCGCAAUUUUUUAUUCAGCUUUAGUUUAGUUAAGCUUAGUGAAGAUUUAAAAAUAGAUAGCUGUAAGCUGUAACUAAUAAUUAGUAACAUUAUACAAAACACCAAUUAGCUUAUGUUAGUGGUACUACCGUAUAAGUAAAAAUAUUUCUUGCAUAUUCUAUUACUCUAAAAAUAUAAGUCUCUUAGAUCCGUUUUUCCGUAAUAUUAGUAUUUAAAUCUGUGUAUUUUAAAGCGCUCAUUUUAAGAGUUUUAAUCGAAAAUUUAUUUUCACUAUUGAAGUUCAGUGCAUGUUACAUUAGGCACGAGGAUGAAGUUUAACGGUAGGCAGCGGCUUGGCUCUGGCAUUGCUGAAGUCCAUGGGCGAUGUUAACCACUCACCAUCAGGUAGGCCGUAUGCUCGUCUGCCUACAAGAGCAAUAAAAAUAAUAAUUGGUCAUAGCGACGGUUCUAGUCAUCAAACCGUAUCAUGACCACUUCGUGGCGGAAAUAGUUGUGAUGAAACCUUAAAACAAUCUCCUGUAACAGUAUAUUCAAAAUAAUAUAAUUACGUUUCUUUAAAAAUAUAUCACUAACUAAAAAUACUUAAAUGUCUAUUUAGAAUUUUAGCACCUUUAGGAUCGAAGGUUUUGCAUUUAAAAAUAUCACUUCUACUAUCGAAAUUAUUAGAAGUUCGUCUAGCAUUAAAUAGUGCUUUUUUACAAAACAUUAUUUUACAGCAGACUAUAAUUAUUUUUGUCCAUUUUAGCAUCAUGAUGUCAUAGUUUUAAAUCAUUAACAUAAUCAAAUUGGUUGAGCAUUUCUUAAGUACUUUAUCAGAAAAUAAUAUACCUAGAAGGCGCUAGACUUUUCAUUUUCUAUUUGAACACCACAGUAUUCAUUUGAAACCCAUUUUGAAAUGUAUCUAGUCAUUAAUGUUACCAGUUUUAAUAAUUAUUAAUAAUUUCGUUAUUAAUUAGAAUGAGGUAUACUCGCAAAAUAUGAUGAGUUUAGCUUAAUACUUAUUAUAAAAUAUAAUCUACGGAGCUGCGCUAAAAGUAACAGUGAAAUUAAUGAGAAAAUUUUAAAAGUUCGGCGUUUGAAACAGAAAACCUUAUUAUGUAAUUUAUAAAAUAAUUCAAAACAUAUUUUCCUAAUUAACAAAAGUGUUCAUUGGGCUAUAAAUAAAACUGUUUUGUUAUAUUAUGAUUUCAUAGAACAUAACUAUUCGAAAUUCUGUUAAGUUAUCCAUUAUCAACUGGUGGUAGGACCUGUUGUGAGUCCGCGCGGGUAGGUACCACCACCUUGCCUAUUUCUGCCGUGAAGCAGUAAUGCGUUUCGGUUUGAAGGGUGGGGCAGCCGUUGUAACUAUACUGAGAUCUUAGAACUUAUAUCUCAAGGUGGGUGGCUCAUUUACGUUGUAGAUGUCCAUGGGCUCCAGUAACCACUUAACAUCAGGUGGGCUGUGAGCUCGUCCACCCAUAUAAGCAAUAAAAAAAUAUAUAUUGUGUUAGAAAAACAUCUGAAAAUCAAUUAUUUAUUUUUAAUUAUUUGUUUAGUCGCUAGGCAAAUAACUAAACGUUGCUGUUAUCUGAGGACCACGCACUCUUAUGAUAUGAAAGUCGAAUGUCUGUUAUUAAUAAAAAAGAAAACUAAAGGAAAAUAUAAAAGUUUAUUAUGCUAGCUUUUAUUGUUUAUCAAGCGGUGCUCACUCAAAGUGUCUAAAAUUAGUAUUAACUGUAGCGUAAUAAUUUUUUAUGGUCAUCAUUUUGCGAGUAGCUUCCGAUAAAUAGCUUCAUGAAUUAUAAAAUAUUCAUUAAAAACUAAGAAUUGACCAAAGAACUUUGAAUAAGAUUGAUAAUCUAGUUUAAAAUUUGUAAAUAUCAUGAGGAAAUCAUUAAGACAUUACGUGUAAAUUAAUAAUGUAUAUAACAGUUGUAUUUGCGAAUUUUAAUGUAAAUAAGUAAAAAGUAAAUAAAUAAAAAAAAUUAUACUGUUCCACUAUAAAAAUUAUUUUUAAAAUAUUUCGGUCGUAUUUGAUUUCAGAUUUUAUUUAGUUUGUAUGCGAAUGGUGUAUGUACUAUGCGGUGCGUAAAAAAUGAUAAAAAGGCAACUUUUGUGAUCAUUGUUGGUGAAAUGAAAGUUUAACUUCGAUUAUAUGAACUGUAGUAUUUUUUA